AUGGCUUCACAUAAUAACCCACUUAAGAUUCUUGAAACUUGCCGAGUUGCUCCAUUUCCCAACUCAUCCCAGUCCGCUACCGAGUUAUCUCUUCCUCUCACUUUCUUUGAUACAUUCUGGUUGAAAUUUCCUCCGGUGGAGCGUCUCUUCUUUUACCAACUCUCUCAUUCAACCCUUCAGCACUUCAACUCAACCAUACUUCCCAAACUCAAACAUUCACUCUCUCUCGCUCUUCUUCACUACCUCCCUCUCGCCGGCAAACUCACAUGGCCUCCAAAUGUCCCCAAGCCUAUCAUCUCCUACAUACCAGACGACGCCGUUUCUCUCCUCGUCGCCGAGUCAACCGCAGACUUUAACCGUCUCUCCGGCAAUGAAAUUCGUGAGUCUCCCGAGUUACGACAUUUAACACCGGAGUUGUUGACAUCUGAUGAGAGAGCAUCAAGCAUGGCUCUGCAAAUAACUUUGUUUUCAAAUCAAGGCUUUUCUACUGGCAUCACUACGCACCAUGCAGUUAUAGAUGGCAAUGUUGCCACUAAGUUCAUGAAAUCCUGGGCUUAUCUAUGCACAAAACAAGACACACAAGACCCUUCUUUGCUGCCAGAACUUACUCCGUUCUUUGAUCGGACGGUUAUCAAAGACCCGACUGGACUUUACAUGGUUUUCUUGAAGAACUAUUCAGGUUCCCUGGGGUCCGAUAUUUCAGAAGUCAACCAGCUAAGCUUGAAGGUGAUAGAAGAUUUAGGAGUAAAUCGGAAUUCACUUCGAGCCACGUUUAAGCUGACUCGUGAAGAUAUAAAAAAACUCAGAGAAAAGAUAUUGUCCAAAGCAGAAGAAGUAAAACCUACGAAGGAGCUUCAUUUAUCCACUUUUGUGGUUACAUAUGUGUAUCUUUUAAUUUGUCUUGUANUCAACAAAGAUAAUCUUCUCUUUCAAGUUAUUGAUUUUUCAUUAAUUAGUAAUUUGGGGUCCAUAUAUGCUAAUAUGCCUUAA